AGGAAGAAGGGAGUUGGGCGUCUUAAGCGAGGCUGUGAAGCGGAGAAGAGGUGGUGGCGUCCUCCGGCCAGGCUUGGAAUACUCCCCAUUUCUGCCAUUUGGGUCCAAUCUUCCUUACUGGGACCCUCCUGCCCAUAUUAACUUUGUUAGGUGAGGAGGGGAAGCUGGGGCCACAAGGAGAAACCCAGAAUGUCACAGCCUUCCAGGCUUCUCCCUUGCGGUCCGGGUACGAAUUCGGCAGCUAACUGGGGUCCUUCCCGUUGCGGUUGUGGCUGCUAAGGUGAGGGGAGCGCAAGCCGGGCUGGGGCUACUUUGGAUUAGUGGCCGGGGGUCUGAUCACUCUUCCUUGCGUCUGGUGCCUCUAGAGCCGAGCCCCGACUCCCAGCAGGCAACUCCCCCCCGCCCCCAGGCGGAGGACUAGGCGGGCGCUGCCCCGCGCUGGACGAACUCGUGGCCCCGCGAGGUCUCCUUGGUGCCCACCCCGUCCCGCCCCUUCCGCUCGCCAAUUGGAGGCUCGAGCUCAGCCCCCACACCGACUAAACCAACCAGAAGCGUCAGGGAGAGGCGGAGCCACUAUCUCCUCCUUCCUCCGGAAAGCGGAAGCGGAAGUGACGUUCAGGGAAGGUGGGGGCAAUCAUGGUGCCGCUGGGGAGGGGAGAAGCUGCUGCCGCCGCCGCCGUUGCCGGGAGCCGCGGAGACAGGUCACUACCUUUCCAUUUCUCACAAUUGGGCUGAGCACGACUGAACCAUGGGGGAACACAGUCCAGACGACAGCAUCAGCUACUUUGAGGUAGAGGAAGAUGAGCUGACCCCCGAUGACAAGAUGCUCAGGUUUGUGGAUAAGAACGGACUGGUGCCUUCCUCAUCUGGAACUGUUUAUGAUAGGACAACUGUUCUUAUCGAGCAGGAUCCUGGCACUUUGGAAGACGACGAUGACGACGGACAGUGCGGAGAACACUUGCCUUUUCUAGUGGGGGGUGAAGAGGGCUUUCAUCUAAUAGAUCAUGAAGCAAUGUCCCAGGGUUAUGUGCAACACAUUAUCUCACCAGAUCAGAUUCAUUUAACAAUAAACCCUGGUUCCACGCCCAUGCCAAGAAAUAUCGAAGGUGCAACCCUCACACUGCAGUCGGAAUGUCCAGAAACGAAACGUAAAGAAGUAAAGCGGUACCAGUGCACCUUUGAGGGCUGUCCCCGCACCUACAGCACAGCAGGCAACCUGCGCACCCACCAGAAGACCCACCGGGGAGAGUACACCUUUGUCUGUAAUCAGGAGGGCUGCGGCAAGGCCUUCCUCACCUCCUACAGCCUCAGGAUCCACGUGCGGGUGCACACGAAGGAGAAGCCCUUUGAGUGCGACGUGCAGGGCUGUGAGAAGGCGUUCAACACGCUGUACAGGCUGAAAGCACAUCAGCGGCUUCACACAGGGAAGACGUUUAACUGUGAAUCUGAAGGCUGCAGCAAGUACUUCACCACGCUCAGUGAUCUGAGGAAGCACAUUCGAACCCAUACAGGAGAAAAGCCGUUUCGGUGUGAUCAUGAUGGCUGUGGAAAAGCAUUUGCAGCAAGCCACCACCUUAAAACUCACGUCCGUACACAUACUGGUGAAAGACCCUUUUUCUGCCCCAGUAAUGGCUGUGAGAAAACAUUCAGCACUCAAUACAGUCUCAAAAGUCACAUGAAAGGUCACGAUAACAAAGGAAAUUCAUACAGUGCACUUCUAAAUCACAGUGGAUCAGAGGAUACAAAUCACUCACUUUGUCUGAGGAAUUUAAGCCUUCUGUCCACAGAUUCCGAAUUUCAAGAAAAUUCCAAUACAGGCCAGAACACUUUCAGCACACUUUCACCAGCAAUCAUUUUUGAACCAAUGUUCCAGAAGUCAGAUGAUCCAGCAAUUCAGGAAGAUGCUCAACAGACAGCUGCCUUGAUUGAAAAUUUUAAUGGUGAUGCAGAGUCAGUCAGUGAUGUUCUGCCAUCCACAAGACAUUCAGCAUCUUUAUCUAUUCCACUUGUACUGCAUCCUGGCAUCUCCGAGCCACCCCAGCCUCUACUACCAGCCUCAGCACCGUCUGCUCCUCUGCCUGCUCCCUCCCUAGGAACUGGUUCCCAGCAAGCUGCAUUUGGCAACCCCCCUGCUCUCUUACAACCUCCAGAAGUGCCUGUUCCCCACAGCACACAGUUUGCUGCUAAUCAUCAAGAGUUUCUUCCGCACCCCCAGGCACCUCAGCCCAUCGUGCCGGGACUUUCUGUUGUCGCUGGGGCUUUGGCGUCAGCAGCGGCAGUGGCGUCAGCCAUGGCAGCACCGCCUCAACCACAGAGUACUACUGAGCCCCUGCCGGCCAUGGUCCAGACUCUGCCCCUGGAUGCCAACUCCGUCCUAACUAGUAAUCCCACUAUAACCAUCACCCCGACUCCCAGCACGGCUCUCCUGCAGCCCAGCCUCGUCAUGGGAGAACAGAACUUACAGUGGAUACUGAAUGGUGCCACCAGCUCACCACACACCCAAGAACAAAUUCAGCAAGCAUCUAAAGUUGAGAAGGUGUUUUUUACCACUGCAGUACCAGUAGCCAGUAGCACAGGGAGCGCUGUACAGCAGAUCGGCCUCAGCGUCCCUGUGAUCAUCAUCAAACAAGAGGAGGCCUGUCAGUGUCAGUGUGCGUGCCGGGACUCCGCCAAGGAGCGGGCGGCCAGCAGGAGGAAGGGCUGCCCUUCCCCUCCCGCUCCAGCGCUGAGCGCCCAGCCUCCGGAUGAGCCCAGCCUGAAGCUACCACCGCAGACUUUUUCCCCGCCCCCGAUCCCCCUGUCGUCCUCCUCCGCCGCAUCCUCUUCCUGUGAGCAAAGCAGACAAGCAGUGACUCCUUCAGACCCUCAGACAGAAACGUUACGUGCCAUGGAUAUGUCAGAGUUUCUGUCCCUCCAGAACCUGGACACGCCGUCCAAUCUGAUUCCCAUUGAAGCACUACUGCAGGAGGAGGAGGAGAUGGGCCUGACCAGCAGCUUCUCCAAGUGAAAGGCCCAGAUGUGCUCACCUCGAGGAACAGAGGCCAAGCAGGAGGCAGAAGGUGCGAUGCCUACCAUCGUGGGGUCAGCAGUUUGAAGGAGGAAGAAAUCUACUGUUUGAAAUCCUCACCUUUCAGACAUAUUUUCUUUAUUCAUAUCCCAGGAGCAUCCAUUUUUAAGGAACUGAUCUUUGGAGAAAAAAAAAAAACAAACAAAAACGGAACAAAACAAAAAAAAAAGCUAAGUUAUAAAUGAACUGUUUGGCUGCACUGUAUGUCACUUUUGCUUAUUGUCAUGUGAACGUGGAAAUUAAGGUUACUCGUAUGCAUAAAAAUUCUAAACGAAAGGGUGUGGUUUCCAUCAAUCUGAUGCUGCCCAUCACUUGCACUGGGGUCUUUGUAGUCUGGGCAGUAGAGUUCAGUGUGUCGGGUGUUGCUGCUCCUUCUGUGUCUUUUGAGUCUGAGGCUGAAGCUUGCUUGGAAGGCCAGACCCUCACUCCAUCAGAGAGGGAAGUGGCAAAGGCGGGUCAGACAGCCGUGAGCUGGACAGGGAUCAAGUGAGAUGGUUUCGUUGUCUGCGCUUGGUGUUGGUGGAGCUCAGGGUGACCAUGGCAGGUGUCAUCCUGCAGCCCAAAUGGGCAGCUAAAAGCCUGGCCCGAGGCCGCAGGGACGGUCCGCUUCCGCAGGGACCCCAGGCAAGUUGUUGACUGCUCUCUGUCCAUGACGCAUGUGCAGAACAGGCUCUAGCGAUGUGAUCACAGUCUUUGCCUUCGGGUUCUCUCUUUCUCCGUUGGUUGCCAGGGCUUGCAGAUCACAGUGAAUUUUUCUCGGGGAACAUCCUGCUUUGUCCUAGAGCGGACAUGUGGUUUAUGGCCAGUCGCUGGCUGGUGGUCUGCCUUCCUUGAAGGGUAUCUUCUUCCUCAGAGCAGAAGAGCUGCAUUUUGCUGAUCAGGAGAAGGUGCAGCUUCACAGGAGUUCUGUUCAGGCGGCAUGUCAUCAGCAGGCCGGGUGUCCUGGUUCCGGGUUCCAGCCAGGCUUUUGGUUGCCCCCUCCCAUCUCCGCCUCUCACCCCUCUGGAUUUUGCAUACAGCCUAGUACAGUGCAAAGAAGGAUGUGACUUGCUCAGCUUAGUCAUAUGAUUUCUAAACA